CGCUAUAUUACUUCGUAAGGACUCGAGUAACGCCAUAGAGCUAAGCGCGUAAAGAUGGCAGGUAUACUGGAUGUCCCCAAACCAAGAGUAACCUGCUCCAUGUUGACGCAGUACAUAAGUAGACCGGUCUGUUUCGUUGGGCGUGUGGAAAAGGUUCACCCCACCGGGAAAACGUUCACUGUCGCGGAUGGAGAAGGAAAGAUUGCAACAGUUGAACUAAACGAUCCACUCGAGGAAGAGCUGAGCGGCAUCGUGGAGGUGAUUGGCAUGGUGUCAAACAAAGGCGCUAUAAUGGCCACCACCUACAACGUGCUGCGUGAGGACAAGGGGAUUCUUUUUGACUUAGAACUCUACACUGAAGCCCUGAAGGUCAUCCAUGACUUCCCGCAGCACUACCCGUUUGUAGUGGCUGCAAGCGGAUGAACUCGUUGUGUGGUGGAGGAUCGGUUCUCUAGAGGAGGGUGUUUGGUUCCUGUGCCAAGGAGUUUUGGUUGGGUUGAAAUUAAUUUGUACAAAGGUUUGUGAUGUUAAGUAAAUAAAAAAAAUAAAAAACUAGAUACCAAA